GUAUCAAUUUAUAGAAAUAAGUACGGUUUUUAGUGGUUUUGAUUGUAUGGAAUUUUAUUAAAUUUAAGAAAAUAGCUAAAUGACGCCCACUACAGCAACUAAAGAUGAAACCGAAGCAUCACAUUCAACUUCAGUACAAAAGAAAAAACCACCGAAUGUUACACCAAUAGGCGCUUUCCCAUCAAUCGAAGAAUUUGCAAAAAAUGGUCUAGCUGAAAUUGUAGAAGCUACCAAAGCAGUGAACUCUUUUCCACAAGGAGCCGCACGUGACUUAUAUUGCGCGUACCCGGCAUUUGGUAAAAUUGUCGAUGCACAGUCGGACCGCAUAUUUGGGCUGAUGUCUAAGGUGUUGAAAUGGCAAAAUGUUAAGGGUAACAUACAACGGCGACAGCAAGAUGAACAAUUUGAAAUGCUUUUGGAGUGCAAUGAUGCUAUAAUGGAACGUUUGAAUUCGAAUUUGGAUGAACUAGCUGGUAUAAAGAAAAAUCCGCAAACUAUUGUGGUAGAGUCCCAUCUAAAUAUAGCCAACAAUAUACCUAAAUCUGGCUCAGGUGCUGGUAGUUGGAAUUUAAAGAAAAAUGAACAAUCACCACUAGCUGCACGAUUAAUUACUGCAAAGAAUAUUGCAAGACCACAAUUAAAAUUUAAAGUUAUGGUGGAUAAUAGUGCUUUGACACCGUUUGUACCAAGAAUAAAAGAUAAACCGAAUUCGUUAAAACCGUUAGCCGUGUUACCCGAGUAUGAUGAAAGUGGCAAUAUUGCCAGUUAUUUACAUCCUUAUGAGUUUGAAUUGAUGAAAUGGGAAGUACCCGCCGCCCAACUGUCACGCACAAAUCCAAAGGAGCCUAAAAAAUUAGAUGACACAGAACUGCUUUAUGUGGAUACUGUACCGAAAUUGAAUGCCGCGGUUGAAGAGUUGCGUAAUCAACGUGAAAUUGCUAUUGACGUGGAACACCAUUCUUACCGGACAUUUCAGGGUUUUACCUGUCUUGUACAAAUUUCCACACGUAACAAAGACUACCUUUUCGAUGCUUUAGAAUUACGCGAUGAUAUGCACAUACUAAAUACGGUAUUUACGGACCCGAAAAUUGUUAAAAUAUUUCACGGCGCUGAUAUGGACAUUGAGUGGUUACAACGUGAUCUUUCUUUGUAUAUAGUUAAUAUGUUUGAUACACAUCAAGCGGCUAAGACUUUAAAUUACGCGAGAUUAUCAUUGGCGUAUCUACUCAAACACUAUUGUGAACUCGACGUCGAUAAAACGUUCCAAUUGGCUGAUUGGCGCAUACGUCCAUUACCAAAAGAGUUGGUAUCAUAUGCCCGCCAGGAUACACAUUACCUUCUCUAUAUUUUCGAUCGUUUAACCAAUGAUUUGCUCGACGCGGGCAAUCAACAUUCUAACUUGCUGCGUAACAUUUAUCAACGUAGUACUGAAAUCUGCAAAAAACGUUAUGUAAAACCACAUGUCACAGCAGAUUCACAUAUGGAUCUUUAUCGCAAGUCGAAACGCGUUUUCGACAAUCGACAACUCUACGCAUUACGGGAAGUUUUCCAAUGGCGUGACAACGUUGCUCGACAGGAAGAUGAAAGCUACGGCUAUGUCCUACCCAAUCACAUGUUAUUGCAGAUUUCCGAGAGCUUGCCGCGUGAAAUGCAAGGCAUACUUGCUUGCUGUAAUCCCAUACCGCCAUUAGUUAGACAAAAUCUGCACAUAUUACAUCAAAUCGUGCUGCGAGCGCGUGAACAGCCAUUGGUGAAGCCUGUACUGGAGACGGAAACAAUCCAUCGCGUUGCCAGCAACAACACCAAGGAUUAUAAUAGCAAAUUAUAUUGCCCGCAUGAUCUCUCGCAUAACGAGGAAUUCCGUGAUGAUCUGCCAACACUGCUAAACUUCCGCAAAAACCCAUUACUGACCUCACCAACUAAGGCUGACGUAAAGAUGGCGAAACCCGCAUUGAGUAUUUAUGAAACACCAGAGCCUUCAGAGGAUGAUGAUGAAGAUCAGCGAAAGCAAAAACAGUUACAUAGCAACAUAAAAUUCGUCAGCCCAUAUCAACGUUAUCUGGCUAUGUUACCUUUGGUAGAAAAGGAAAAGGCUGAAGAAGCGGCACGCAUCGAAGCAGAAAAUAAGAAACGACAACUUUGUCCGGCUGCCAAACCACCGGCGGGAAAAACAGCGAACGAAUUAAAAGUUGAGCCUACGGGCGACGGUGAUUACAGCUUGCCGAUAAAAGAAAUAUUAAAACGCACACACGAAGAGGCGAUCGUGAAGAAGGCACAGUCAAAAGAGUCAGAGGAACCUAAAGCGAAGCGUUUCAAGACCGAUGCACCAAAUGACGAUAAAUUGAAGUUUGUUAAUUUACCGCCGACUAAAAAGGAAAUGCGACUGGCUAAUAAACAAAAGGUCGCAGAACCACAUAAACCCGCCGCUACCAAUGUGGCUGCGGACAAAUCAAACAAUUCUGUGCACACAAUUAGUGAUGACUCGGAUAGUGGACCGGAAGAGGCACCAUCCACAUCGCAAGCUCAAAUGUCACAAUCACAAGCAAACCAGCAGCAAAGACAAAGCCAAGGUGGCAAAAAGAAAUUUAAAAAUAAGAAUAUAAAAAAUCGCCAGAAUCGUAACCAAUCUUCAAGCAAGCCGAUUGAUGUGAAAAAUUUCGACUACAAAAAUGUGGACUUUCGAAAAUUCCAAGGUGGUGCACAACGCGCUAAGGGCAUGGAGUUAAAACCACAAUUUCAUGGAAAAAGCAAUUCCAAUAAGGCCAAUAAUAAGAAGUUCAAUAAAUUAUUCACAUUUAGCAAUGUCAAAGGUAAAAAAUAGUAACAUGGCUUUAUUAGGACUAUAUAGCAAUUUGUUUGAUCAACUACAUUAGAAGUCUUGGACGUAAAGUAACAUGAAAUUCAUUUUUUUCUAAUUUAAUUUAUAAAAUUACAUUAUCUUCAACAAGCUUAAA